AUGCACGUUGCUGGGGAGGAGAACCCAGCAGACUUAGUAUCACGAGGAGUUUCAGCAAACGAGCUAGUAACCGAGCUAGUAAGCGACAAGUGGAAAUAUGGUCCUAGCUGGCUUCGCAAGCCUAAAUCCUCAUGGCCUUCGCAAGUGUAUGAAGCAAUUGAUUUCCCUGUGGAGGAACUCGAGCAGAAAAAGACGGCCAUACUGGCAACGAUCACAGCAUCACCCGAUCCUCUAUUUCUACGAUAUUCACGCUAUCUUCGAUUAUUGAACUUGGUCGGAUUCGUUCUUCGUUUUGCAAGGAAUGCGCGAUGUAAACCCGAAAAUCGAUACCGUGGCAAAGUGUUAGACGCUGCAGAGAUUAUGGCUGCGAAACUCGUGUUAUCCAAGCUUGUACAAAAGGAAUCGUUUCCCGACGAACUUAAACUGCUUCAACUAGGCAAGCGUGUAUCCAGUAAAUCGAAGCUGCGUUUGAUGAAUCCCUACCUGGAUGCCGAUGGCCUUAUACGCGUUGGUGGCCGGCUGCAGCGUUCGAGGGAAGCUUUCGACGUACUGCAUCCUAUUAUCCUACCUGGUUUUCAUCCCUUUACGAGACUGGUCAUCAAGCAUCAUCAUGAAAAGCUGGUUCAUAGCGGAAUUUCGACAACACUAGCCGUCGUAAGAGAUGAAUUUUGGCCCCUCAGUGGCCGAAGAGCUGUGACAAGCGUACUUCGUAAAUGCUUUCGAUGCUGCAGAGCAACUCCUCAUCCGAUUGAGCAGCCAAUUGGCCAACUGCCAGCCGCUCGUGUUACAGCGGGUGAAGCUUUUGAAUGCACCGGCGUCGAUUAUUGCGGGCCAAUUUAUCUGAAGCCCGCGCAACGAAAAGCUCCAUCAAGAAAAGCUUAUAUAUGUGUAUUAAUUUGCCUAAGUACGAAGGCAGUUCAUUUGGAGCUGGUAGGUGAUCUUUCUACUACUACGUUCCUAAUGGCUCUGAAUCGUUUCAUUUGGAGAAGGAAUAAGCCAAAACACAUCUACUCCGAUAACGGGACAAAUUUUAUUGGAGCGAAAAAUGCCCUACAUCAACUAUAUUGUAUGUUCCAGCCAGGCUCUGCACAAGACAACAUCAAACAGAAUCUUGCGCAGGACGGUAUCCAGUGGCAUCUAAUCCCUCCCCGGGCACCAAACUUCGGCGGACUAUGGCAAGCCGCGGUGAAGGUGGCCAAGAAGCAGCUUGUGAGACAACUCGGCGACGCAUUGCAGACCUACGAAGAAUUGGUUACCGUGCUCGUGUCCAUAGAAGGAAGUAUGAAUUCUCGUCCUCUAAUGCCGUUGUCGGAUGAUCCCAACGAUUGCCGCGCAUUGACACCAUCACACUUUCUGGUCCGGAAUAUGAUCCGACCGCUUCCCGAACCUGAUGUUCGCAACAUUCCACUGAAUCGUUUGGGACAGUAUGAGCGACUCCAAUCCUAUUCGCAAAGGUUCUGGCAUCAGUGGAGAAGCGAAUACUUGAAGGAAUUGCAGGUGCUGUACAAAACCAAUCCCAAGCAGUUUAAAAUCGACGUUGGCAGCAUAGUUAUCUUGAAGGACGACGCUCUACCCCCAGCUAGAUGGCCUCUAGCUCGGGUCGUUGACACGCAUCCUGGACCAGAUGGUAUUACACAGAGUUACCUGAGGACAUCCGGAGGAGAAUUUAAGCGCGCUGUUUCGAAAAUUUGUGGACUACCAUGUUCUGAAGAUUAA